AUGGCCAACAACGACCCACCACCGCAGUCGAGCGGCUCCGCCAUCGACCCACUCGUGUCGCUCCACCUUCCCUCGUACAUCGACGACCGCACACCGUCCACCUUCUUCCCGAACCCGCCCUUUCCCGGUCCCUCACCGUUCAUGACAUGGUCGUACAUCAUCCGCAUCCUCGCCACGGGCGAUCUGGACCAGCUCUUUCGCGAUCCGGUGUGCGAUACGGCCUACCGAGCAUUCGCGCCCACUGCACGCGCGGCGCAUGGGUCGAUAGAAAACUACAUUCGCACCGUCCGCCUCGGCUGGCCUGCUGAGGAAGCUGUCGGUCCUCCACCACCAAACAUGCUCGAUCGCCCGCAGAAGGAUCCCUUUGCCGUGAUGGGCAGCGCUUCCGGGACGAGCACACCAGGAACCCCCAUGGUAGAAGUCAAAGAGACUUGGCCCGAAAAGACCCUUCCGCAUCCAGUCACGGGCGUGGAACUGCGUCACUUCGUGGAGGACACAGAAGAAGGUGGGUUGGUGAAAGUGAUUCCGAACGAUUGGCCGUAUGGCGUACCAGCGGGGGCUACGCACUGGUGUGUUUGGAGCAAACUGCCCAUCUUGCACCCGUCGCUGUUUGAGACGCCCGACACGCCGUUCGAUGAAGGAAUGAGGGAGGAGCUCUACGCGUGCAUUACGGGGGACGGUAUCCGGGGCUUCACGGGGUUUACGCUCGAGCCGAAGUAUAGGUUUCAAGGGAGAGAGGUGCCAGAGGUUGUGGGGACCUACUCGCAAGCAAGGCUGGAGAACGGCGCGCAAGUCUCGAGAGAGGAGGUGAGCAAGGCCCACGCCUGGGCUUCGAGACAUGUAACGAGGUUUGUCGAGGCCAAGUGGCCAGAGGGAGAGUACGAGACAGCGUGGUUCUGCAACCCACCCAAUCUGCGCACCGUGCCUGGGUUAAGUCACUUUCACGUCAUCGUACGGCAAAAGUCAACGACGAACGGAUCCGCUGCAUAA